AUGCAAGAUUCUCUAAGCCUGAUGCAGUUUCAUGACCAGUACCUCUACAGCAGCGGCGCUGGCGGAGCCGGCCUACCACUGCCACACUCUUUCUUGCCUCAUCAUCACCAAGGUUUCGUCCAUGCCAGUGACGACCGUUGCACCGGCAAGGACGACAUGCCGGAGUUCGUCGAGUCGGCGGCCGAGGCAAGCGAGCAGGAGUUGGCUGCGUGCAAAGAGGUGUCCGAAGGAGGCGAUGGCGCGGUGGAGGAGCGGAACGGCGCGGCGACGGCCACGGCGGAGGAGGAGGCUCACGGCGUGCGGAUGAUCGCGCUGCUCAUGGAGAGCGCGGUGGCCGUGUCAGUGGGCAACCUCGCGGACGCCAACGGGAUGCUCCUGGAGCUGUCCCAGAUGGCCUCUCCGUACGCAUCGUCGUGCGGCGAGCGGCUGGUGGCCUACUUCGCCAAGGCCAUGGCGGCGAGGCUGAUGAGCUCGUGGGUCGGCAUCUGCGCGCCGCUGGCGCCGCCCUGCGCGGGCAUCCACGCCGCGUUCAGGGCCUUCUACAACGUCGCGCCGUUCGCGAGGUUCGCCUACCUGGCGUGCAACCAGUCCAUCCUGGAGGCGUUCCACGGCAAGCGCCUGGUCCACAUUGUCGACCUCGACGUCGUGCCGGGCGGCGCGCUGCAGUGGCUCUCGCUCCUUCCCGCGCUGGCGGCCCGGCCAGGCGGCCCGCCGGUGCUCCGCGUGACCGGCUUCGGCAUGUCGGCGUCGGUGCUCCACGACACUGGCAACCAGCUCGCCGGGCUGGCGAGCAAGCUGAGCAUUCCGUUCGAGUUCUACGCCAUCGCGAAGCGGCCCGGGGAUGUAGACGCGGCGGCGGACGUGCCCAGCAAGAGGCCAGGGGAGGCCCUGGCCGUGCACUGGCUGCGGCACGCCAUGUACGACGCGGGCGGGGACGACGUCGCCACGCUGCGGCUGGUGCGGUGGCUGGAGCCGAAGGUGCUGGCGCUGGUGGAGCAGGAGAGGGGGGCGCCCGGGGACGGCGGCUCCGGCCAUGGCCACUUCCUGGACCGGUUCGUCUCCGCGUUGCAUCACUACUCGGGGCUGCUCGACUCCCUGGGCGCGUCGCGGCCGGCCGACGAGGACGCGAGCAGGCACCUGGUGGAGCACGGGUUUCUCGGCCGGGAGAUCGGGAACAUGCUGGCGGUGGGCGGGCCGUCGCGGAGCGGCAGGGUGAAGUUCGGCUGCUGGCAGGCGGAGCUCGCCCGGCACGGGUUCCUGCGAGCCGCCACCGGCGGGCGCGCGCAGCUGGUGGCCGGGGCGUGCCCGGCAGGGCUGGGCUACACGGUGGCGGAUGACCACGACGGCACGGUGCGGCUGGGGUGGAAGGGCACCCCGCUGUACGCGGUCUCCACGUGGACGUGGUGCCCCUCGCCCCACGCACAACGUUAA